CAACAACGUUCGUUAAAAAUAAACUAGUGAUGCGUGACUACGCGAUAACGACGUAGGGGCGCGCCGGAAUUGGGAAGACAUUUGCGUCCGUUGACGUCAUGAUCGGGAUAGGGAUGUCGUAGGUACGGGUAAACGCCCCUUACAAGUAACUAGCAUUUACUCAUGCACUCCUGCCUCCAGAUCCAUGAAGUUCUCCGGAGCAUUUUUUCGGCCGUGAACAAAUAUAGAGAUAUCACACUCGAUGUCCAGCAACCGUUCAGAGGUGCAGAUGUUGGACGCCAGACUCUUGCAUGUUUAGCUAGGACUUGUCGCGCAUUCUCGGAGCCUGCGCUGGAUGUGCUUUGGGCUCACAUAGACACUCUUGGUCCUGUAGUAGCAUGUCUCCCCAGGCACGUAUGGUCCCGACAUCGCGGCAGUCUGAGAACAGGUGGUGGUUGCAUUUUGAUCACUCACUGGUGGGGCAUCGAGAAGUAUCUUGUGAGAGUUCGAGCCCUUGGUAACUCGGGGCGGCGUGUCACAGCUGACAUGUCUACGGAACUCGUACAUGCCCUCUGCGGUCAUCCCUGGCCUUUCCUACUUCCUCGCCUUCAAAAGCUUAUGUGGACGGACGGCAGCUAUGAAUCCACCCACCUCUUUUGCAAACUUCUCAGCCCCACCCUAACUGAUUUUCAUCUACAUGCGAAGGGUAAUCUGCUCAUGCUUUCGGUUUUAUCAUCCCUGGGAGCUAUAUGUCCCCUUAUGAAAUCCUUCUCCACCACUGGCUUGGAUUCAGCCGCAUCCGUCCCAGUUUCAGCAGCAGUUGUAUGUGGUUGGCACCAGCUGAAGACAUUCAGCACAGAAGCCGUCGACGGGCCGGCCUUGCUCCACCUGUUCUCUCUUCCAUCCCUGGAAUUCUUGGAACUGUCAUUUCUAUCAUCGAACAGGGGCUCCUUCAACUACAGCCCGACCACAUUUUCAACCUCUCUUCACCAUCUCACAAUCCGCGCGCAGGAUCCUGAGUCAUGCCUGCCCUUCCUUGAAGCAACUUGGAUAGGCGCAAGAAGUUUAACCAUUUCUCUCGGGAACAUUCCGCGAUCUUCCAGUAAUGAAACAUUACUUUCACUCCUUGCCUCUCGUGUAACAGCGCAACAAGUGCAAGCUCUCACACUCGAUUUGACUUGUGAUUCGCUGCUCACAAUCACUGAAAUCACGCCCCUGUUCCCAUUCUGUGCGUUGGAGGAACUAACACUACCAUCAACCUACGGCAACCUUACUAUCAAUGACCACGACCUCACUAGGGCUGUGAAAUCGUGGCCCAAGCUCACAAAACUACGCCUGGGCGACGAGGCUACGUGGUCGACACCAGCGCGUCCUCAACGUCCUCAAAUUACCCUAGAUGGGAUUGUCAGUCUGCUCUUGCAUUGCCCAGACUUGUGCGCUCUCGGCAUUGCCAUGGACGCCACCUCAUACAACGUUGUGACGCCUGAGGUACCAGGAGGCGGGGUAACCAACACUAAGAUCACCACACUCUCUGUUGGGGUAUCGCUGAUCGAGAACCCGUUGGCUGUCGCCACCUUCCUCGCCUCCAUUUUGCCAAACUUGGAGAACAUUCUGUGCAAGGACGACUCUGACAUCGUGCCAUAUCAAAAGGAAAGUCGGCACACGAAGUGGGCGAGAGCUUCGAUGUAUCUGCGAGAUGUGCAAAUGAUCAAGAAGCAGGAGAGGGCUAGAGUGGGGAAUUGUUCAUGUAGCCAGGUUUGUAAUUGAGGGCGAACCAUCCGAAUGUGUCAAUAGUAUACACAGUGAUGCAUCUAUAUACUGAUUGUAAUGAUAUCGAUUUCGGUGG